AUUUCUCCUUCCUUUUCCGCUUCCGUCGCGGCCGCCUAGUCCUCCUUCAGCUCCACCAGGUCUCGGUCCGCUGCUCCCCCGCCGUGCCCCGCCGUGCCGCGGCUGCCCGGGCGUAGCGGGAGGAUCCUCGGGGAGGCCGCGCCGGGGAGGACAAGAUGGAGGUAAAAGAUGCAAAUGCUGCAUUGCUGAGUAACUUUGAGGUGUACCAGUUACUUACUGAUCUCAAGCAGCAGCGUAAAGAGAGUGGCAAAACCAAGCAGAGCUCUGGGCAGCAGAAUCUGAACACAAUCAUGUAUGAGACACUGAAGUACAUUUCAAAAACACCCUGCAGGUACCAGAGUCCUGAGACUGUCAGGGAGUUCCUGAUAGCAAUGAAAGACCAUAAAUUAACCAAGGCAGAAAAGCUGCAGCUGCUGAACCACAGGCCUGUGAGUGCAGUGGAGAUCCAGCUGAUGGUGGAAGAAAGCGAGGAGAGGCUGACAGAGGAGCAGAUCGAGUCCCUCCUGCAGACAGUCACCAACAUCCUGCCAGGGGAUCCAGAGGAGCAGCACAGGGACUCAGCAAUGGCAACAGAAGACAAAGGGUCAGAACCCCCAGAUCAGAAAUGACUUAUGGAGGGCAGAUAUCACCUUGCUGAUGUGACUCCAUUUCCCAGUGUCCUGAAUAUCACACAGAAGAUCUGCCAGUCGCCCACAUUGCUUUUUAUUCCCUUAAUUAUCCCCUUAAUUAGCCAUUCCCUACCACAGGAGAUGGACCCUCCUAAUCCUGGAACAGAGAAGUGGCACUGAGUGCCUCUGGGGUGCAAGAAAGGUAAAUGUGUGUUCUGAGAAGAAACUGAGCACUCAGCACUUCCUCAAUAUUUAGGAAGUGGAAUUUACUUUUCAUUUUCUCAUUUCUUACCUCUCCCUCACUUUUUUUCCCCUGUUGUGUGUUUGGCUCUGCUCAGGGCUGCUCUGGUGCUGAGAAAGGGGAACAAGCUGCCAGAAUCCCUGAUCUGAUACUUCAAAACACCUGGGCUUUCUCUUCCCAUAAAUUCACAUUUCUUGAGGAUUCUUUGGCAGUCCCUGCUGGAGAAGUUUUAUUACAAGAGGUUUUAUCUUAUGGGAGGAGAAGUAGCUGCUGCUCCUGCCUGUGCUCUGGUGCUGGGCAAGGGGAAUGGAUCUGCUGGAGCCAGAUGUGCACAGGGAAUUUUGAGAAAGAUCCAGGAAAUCCCUCCUGCUGAGCUGAGCAGCUUUGGUGGAGCUCAGGGCUGUGUGUGAGGCUGUACCCAUGGAUUUUUUGGGUUUUUUAUUUGGGUUAAGGUGGGGAUUAAAUGUGUGAGAUAGAAUUUCUUGUUUGGACUUAGAUGUUUAUUAGUUCUUAUCUAUACCACAGUCUUACAGCCUGUGACUUCUACAGUACUUCAUUCUAACAAACUAAAAAUGGAGCUGGAUCUCUCUUUACAAGGCUUUUUAAGGCUAAACUGUCUAAUUAAGAAAUUAUACUUAAAUUAUUUUUACUUUUAACUUCAUAACUAAUUACUUGUGGCCUGCAAUGCAGGUUUUUUUUAUCUAAUUACACAAUACUACCUAAACUAAUGGAGAAGGUGAAGAACCAGACUCUGCCCUGAAACUUCUAUUUUAUCAAGCUUCAUAUAGAUAUAAAUAAUAUAUAUAAUACUUCUAUUAUAUAUAUUAUAUUAUAUAUAUUAUAUAUGUUUUAUAUAUUAUACUUCUAUCUAUUAUAUUUUACUUCUAUCUUAUCAAACUUUAUAUUAUAUUACUUUUUAAAUAUUUUACUAUAUAUAUUAUAUUUUUUAACAUAUAUUACUGUAUUCUAGAACUUUAUGUUUUCUACCAUGUGAUACUACACACUUCUAUUCAAACUAUACACUUAUAAUCCCAGUUCUGUCAUUUAAUUUUGGAAUUUAAUUUUAUUUAAAUUUAAUUUUUCUCCACA